AUGAACAACUUGAACCAUGUCGAUUUCUCUUCAUCAAAUGCUAAACCGGAAAAUUCAUCUAUGACUACAGUUAAUAUACUUGGUCGUCUUCGCAUAGCAACUGAACAAAUUCGAUACAUUCAGUCCAGUUUAGCUCACGAUGGAAUUCUGUUUAAUUUGGGCGACAUCUUUUCCGAUGAUACAAGACAAAGUGAAAUAAAUAUUACAUCACAUGAUGGUCAAAUUAGUACAUGGUUAGAACAAACAUUUUCUUCAAAACCACAGCGUCCCCCUAAUAGAGCUGCAGCUCGUUUUGAAUCAAUUAAAGCUGUUAUUCAAGCAUCAUCGUUUGUCAAUGCUUUACAAAAACAAGUACGUCAAAAUGCCAAAGAACGCCUAACUACCGUACUUGAUUUACCUGUGGAUAUUUGUAAAUUAAAUUUAUGGUCAUUUAAUAUGAUGGAAUAUGAUGAGCCAAUGGUCUUGUCGACAUUACUCAUAUUUGAUGCACAUGAUAUCAUAUCGCGCUAUCGUAUUGAUAUUGAAACGUUGAAAAAUUUCGGACGAGCUCUAACCGAUGGUUAUCAAAAAUAUCGAGCUCCGUAUCAUAAUGAUUUUCAUGGAGCUGAUGUACUACAAACAACGCAUUGUUUACUAAUAAAAAGUAGUUUAAUGAACGUUUUUACGCAGACGGAAAUAGCUGCAUUAUUAUUUGCAGCUGCUGUUCACGAUUAUGAACAUCCCGGUUUAAAUAAUGGUUACCUGGUGAAAACAAAAAACGAUUUAGCUAUAAUUUACAACGAUUUUAGUGUACUAGAAAACCAUCAUGCAAGUUCCAUAUUUAAACUUCUACGCGAUAAACGUCAUAAUAUUUGGUCGAAUAUGGAUAAAAAUGAAUAUCGAACAUUUCGUUCAUUGGUUAUAUCACUUGUUUUAGCAACUGACAUGGCAAAUCAUGCUUCAUUAGUUGAACGCAUGUCAACAUAUUUCUUUUUCAAAGAAACAAAUUCAGCUACAGCAUUACCUGAUUCUAAAACUCUACUACAGACAUUGUUACAUGCAGCCGACAUAUCAAAUGCAACGAAGCCAUGGCCUAUUUAUGUACAAGCAGUGGAAAAAAUAAUGGAAGAAUUUUUUAUUCAAGGAGAUCUAGAAAAAAUCUAUUGUGAAGAUGAUAAACCAACAUUCGAUAGGGACUCGACCGAUAUUGUUCAAUUACAAAUGAGUUUUAUCACACAUAUCGUUAAUCCCAUAUUUGAUGUUUUAUCAAAAGUUCUACAGAUUGAUUGUCUUGAUCAUAAACAAAAAGAAUCAUCAUCAUCAGCAACAACAACAACAACAACAACUAAAUUACCAUGGCAGUAUGAUUUACAAUUAAAUUUAGAAACAUGGAAACAAGUAGCAAAAAGCGGUGAUGUACAAAAAUUAAUUAUAGAUAAAAAACCGUUAAAAUUAGAUCUCAUAUAUUUACAAGAAUAUGUUGAAAAAGCUGAAAAAAUUUUGAAAAAACGUUCACAGCAUGAUCUUUUACUCGCUUGCACGCUCACAUCAUCAUGA